GUUCACUAAGGCUAGUGAUUAAGCGCUUAAGGAUGAGGCCCAUAUCCUUGCUGGCGGUGCUUCUGCUCGCAUCUGGGGCUUGUGCAGCAAGGCUCGCCUCAAGCGAGGAGGGCUUCAUCGCAUCCACUAGGAAGGUCACAUAUGGCCAGCUGACACCUGAGGCAGCUGCUGACAAGAUCAACUCGUUGCCCGGCUUCCAGAACGCCCUCCCGUCGAGCCAUUUCGGUGGCUAUGUGACAGUGGACCCCGCGCGAGGUCGGCGGCUGUACUACUACUUCGUGGAGAGCGAGCGGGACCCCGCGAACGACCCAGUGGUGUUGUGGCUCAACGGCGGCCCCGGCUGCAGUUCCUUCGACGGCUUCGUGUACGAGCACGGCCCCUUCACGUACCAACUGACCCAUGGGCCGGCGGGGCCCGGGGGCGAGGGCGGCCGGGGGCUGAGUGUGCAGCUGAGGAGCAACCCCUUCGCCUGGAACAAGGUGGCCAACAUGCUGUUCCUGGACUCCCCCGCGGGGGUGGGUAUGUCGUACAGCGGGCACGCGGGGGACUACGAGGUGGAUGACGACCGUACGGCGGCGGAUGCGGACGCCUUCUUGCGCGGCUGGUUCGCGCGCUUCCCGCAAUUCGGCGAUAACGACUUUUAUGUCAGCGGUGAGAGCUACGCGGGUAUCUACGUGCCCAACCUGGUGCGGCAGGUGCUGCUGGGGAACGAGGCGGGGGAGCGCCCGCACGUCAACAUUGUGGGCUACCUUGUGGGCAACGGCUGCACGGACGAGCGCUACGACGGCAACGCGCACCCGCCCUUCGCGGCGGGGAAGAGCCUGCUGCCCUGGGCGGACUUCAGGAGGCUGGAGGCGGAGUGCGGGGGCGAGUACUGGAACAGGAGCGCGGGCAGCUCCUGCGACCGGCUGUGGCGGCAGCUGACCCCCAACCUGCAGGCACUUAAUGUGUACGACACGCUGCAGUACUGCUUCCACGCGGCGGGGGCGGGGGCAGCAACGGAGGGGCAGCAGGGGGGGCGGGCAGUGGCGGCAGCCGACCCACGAGCUGAGCGCCGCAACCGCGUCCUGCGCCGCGCCCUGGGGUACCAGCACCAGCAGCAGCAGCAGCAGGAGCAGGAGGAGGCGGAGGCGGUGCCCAUGUCCACCCAGACCACCAUCACCACCGCCACCACCCGCACCUCCUCCUCCUCCCGCCUGGCUGCCGCCGCUGCCGCUGCGGGUCUGGAGGGCGUGUGGCCGCUGCCGGGCGGGGUGGUGCGGCCCGGGCCCGUACUCAACUGGGCGCAUGUGGCGGGGCGGCUGGCGGCGGCGGCAGGGGGCCCGGCAGCGGAGGGGCAGGGGCGGCUGGGGGUGACUCCGCCCUGCACGGACUCCAGGUCAUGCGGCGGGGCGGGUCAGGGCACUGACCCAGGUCCCCGGGUCAGCACUCCGCCUCCUCGCCCUCCUCUGUCGCACAGCCCCCCCUGCACCGACUCCAGGGCGGCCGACCUCUGGCUCAACGACCCCUCCGUCCGCGCCGCCAUCCACGCCGCCCCCGCCUCCUCCAUCGGGCCCUGGACGCUCUGCUCAGACAAGAUUUCCUACACACGGACCCACGGGUCCAUGAUCCCCAUCCACGUCAACAACACCCGCCGCCACGGCCUGCGGGCGCUCAUCUACAGCGGCGACCACGACAUGGCGGUGCCGCACACCGGCAGCGAGGCCUGGACCGCCGAGCUGGGAUACGAGGUGGAGGCGGGGUGGCGGCCCUGGUUCGUGGCGGACGAACAGGUUGCCGGCUACGUGGUCCGCUACGUGCACGGGCUGAGCUACGCUACCGUGAAGGGCGCGGGACACAUGGUGCCGGAGACCAACCCGCGGGAGGCCUUCGCAAUGUUCCAGCGCUUCAUUGACGGGGAGCCGCUGGCGUGAAGCGGCGGAGCAGAGGGGGGGGGCGCAUGCAGCAGCUGCAAGGGGGGGGGUCACACCGGUCGCCACACACACCCUGCGCGCGCCGAGCUAGGCCAGCUAGGGCAGCUAGGGCGGCGGCCGGGUGGCUGCGCACCUCUACCCUGCAGCUGCAUGAAGCAUUGUAGUAGCAUUGUAGCAUUGUUACUACUGUGUAUAGAGCAUUGUAGCAUUGUACGGCAGGGGCCCCUUGUACAGCAACCUGUGGCAAGCCAACUGGUCGAGUGGUAUACCACGUAGGGUAGCCACGGAUCCGUUGCCUUGUAGUGUAGUGUAGGCUAGAUGUUGUUGAGAGGGGCGGUUGAUGAAAGAAGCGGCUGUUAUGAAGCAGCAAGGGCCCCGGGUGUGUUUGUGUAACAUGUCGUUUAUUGGGCGCCUGUUGGGGGCCGGACAACUUGGGAGCAGCGCACACAUUGUUGCAUGGGCGCAACGCGUUUCCGGCGGGUUGGCUAACCGUCGUUUUGUCAAGGCGGUUGUUUGGUGGACGGCGGCGGGGAUGCGGAGCGUGCCGGGCGGGCGGGCGUUGUGCCCUCUUCAUAUGUACCUCUAUAUACGUACGUGCAAGACAGUGGGGGAAGAAUCUGUAGGAUGGCGCCUUUUAUCAUUGUGCAUGGCAAAUGUUGGCUGGUCGGCAGGUUCGUGGGGACCAAGUACGUCACCCGU